AUGGGAACAUUGUCAGUCAUGAGCUCAAAAGGUAUGAGCGAAGGGGAGGAGAUGGAUAUGGAUACCUUGGAUGUCACCAGUGUUCAAGGUACAGAUAGUACCGAACACCCACAUAAACUGAAGACUGUCAAAUCUAUGAGUGAUGGCGUGGCAGAUGAUAUCAAGGCUGAUUGUAUUAAGCUGUCUUAUAUUCUUCUCGCACACCUACCUCAUACAACCGAGACGUGA